AUGAAGAUCAGAGGAGUUUGGGCCUACAACUUCCAUCAAGAAUUGUCUCAAUUCGAUCACUGCCUGCACCGCUUCCCCGUCAUCUCUUUCGAUACCGAAUUUCCAGGCUUUCUCCGAGACACUCCCCGAGACGCACUCGAAGAUCAACGUUACGAAGAUGUAAAAUUCAAUGUUGAAUCCCUCAAAUUGCUCCAGUUGGGAUUCACUCUGUCCGACGCCAAUGGCAACAUUGGGGGAACUUGGGAAUUCCACUUGUCUGGGUUUAAUGAGAAAUCUGACCCUCAUGUUAUCGCUUCCAUUUCUCUACUCAAAAGGAACGGUCUUGAUUUUGCGAGACUUGGGCAAUUUGGGAUUUCUGUUGCGGAGUUUGUGUUCGGGUUUCUGCGUGUCCUUAGAAUCCACAGAGGGUUGCAUGAUUUGACAUGGGUUUGCUUUCAUGGCCUUUAUGACCUGGCCUAUUUGCUCAAGCUCUUGACCCAAAAGCCUCUGCCCGAUUCAGUGGUGAUGUUUGCUAAGGCUCUUGGUGUAGUUUUUGGCAUCAUUUAUGACAUCAAGUUUAUGGCUCGCUACUGCAAAGGAUUCUUUGGCGGUGAAAUUGGAUUGGCAAGGGUGGCCAAGCUUCUUGAUGUGGAGCGCUCUGGUGAAGCUCAUCAAGCUGGUUCAGACAGUUUGUUGACUGCUGCUGUGUUCUCCAAGAUGAACGCAACGUUUAGGUCUGUGGCUGGGAUGUCUCAAGGCUGCUUGUAUGGAAUUAGCCCAACAAUCGUGCGAUAUUGGCAGCCCGCUCCUGUGGUUGUUGCUCCUGUGAUCGUCCGUCGCCCUUGCUUUCCUGUUGCAGCACCUCGUGUCUACGGUGCUCGUCUCAUUCAUAGUCCUAUUCUUCCCACUUAUGUACACAUGAUAGUAGCCAAUUCCAAGCCAUGUCCAAAGUGUAAGCGACCUAUUGAAAAAACCAAGGGUGCCAUGACGUGCACACCACCUUGCAAAUUCGAAUUUUGCUGGCUAUGCCUUGGUGCAUGGUCAGAUCAUGGUGAGAGGACAGGUGGUUUCUAUGCUUGUAACCUCUAUGAAGCAGCUAAUAAAAAGGGAGUUAUGGAGAAACUUAGAGACAUACAACGAGGACCUGAGUUUCAGCUCAAGUUCAUAACUGAUACCUGGCAGUGUAGGAGAGUGCUGAAAUGGACUUAUGCUUAUGGGUACCACCUACCUGAAAAUGAGCAUGCAAAGAGGCAAUUUUUUGAGUGCUUGCAAGGUGAGGCAGUGUCUGGUUUGGAAAGGCUUCAUCAGUGUGCAUUGUUAAAACUGCAGGAGGUUCCUGAGUGUGUGAGAUCUUACACGGACCAAGGUCAAGAUGAAAGUGCAGACGAGCAUAAAAAGAAGGUGGUCACCAUCCCUGAUGACUUGGGAGAAAUGGCUGCUGAACAAAUCAUUUUAGCUCAAUUUUCUCAGUUCAUCAAUUAUGGUGCGCAGAGUAAGGCACCGGAAGUUAUGCCAUGGAGCUUUCCAUUGUCAUCAUUGAUUGAGUAA